AUGUAUGAGCCUUACAGAGAUCGCUAUCCAGGAGGUGAUGACGAAUGCUAUUCUUCAUUUCCUGAUCAGGCUGGUCGAGGGCGUUUCAUUGAACGUGAUCCCGAUGACUUUCAUAGGUAUGGAAGACAGGAUAUCGUAGCUCCGCCGAUGCGAGAUGACGGCUGGCGCUCAUCACCCUUUGUAGAAAGAACGGCACCGUUUCAGCGAAGAUCGUAUGAGUCAUGGAAAUCUGCAAGGGCUACCUCUUGGAGAGAAGAGCCUCGAGGUGAUUCUUGGAGAAGAGGUGUUGAUGAACACUAUCGAGAGUAUCCUGAUAGGUGGAGAGAUAGUUCGUCGUUUCGACCGAUGCUUGAUCGUUCACCUUCUCCUAAACGUUUUGUGGAUCCAUCAAGAGAAUAUGUCCGCGCCGAAGGACGGAGGCCAGAUUGGAAGGAGAGGUCCAGAGAAACGUCGUUUGGAAAUAAAGACCGUUAUGCCAGAGGGGAAAGAUCAAGAAGUAGAUCUGCAAAUCGCGAAGAGAUACGAAACGAACGUUCCGACUCAGUUAUAGAAAAACCCCUAAAGAAUCUCAGCGACGAAGACCUCGAAAAAGCAGCUAUUCUUCAAAUGAAACUAAUGGCAGAGCAGCGGGGCGGAGAAGGGAAAGCGAUCAAUGCACAUGAUAACAACAAACAGGAGCUCGAUGAUAAUCAGUAUUCUGACGAAACUUCGCAGAACCACCUGAAAUUUGGUAAAAUGACGGAUCAGAGGAUAAGGCAAGCAAGACAGGAAAAUCCGCCUCGAAAGGAUGUGGAGCACUCGUAUGUGGAGAAUGAAACAGCUGCUGUCUCGAAAAAAUCGUCAGAAACAAAACAGGAUAAAAUUGCUGAAGCUAAGAAGACACCGAAUAAGAAGACUGAGGAAGUAUCUUUGAUUGUGAAAGCAGACUUUGAAGAUGUUCAUAUGUUUGCGAAACACAAGAUUUACGAUACGUCAGCAGCUGCGCCGCAUAGCGGUUGUGCUAGCUGGUAUGAACAGUAUUUGAUGAAUGUCAACAAAAGAAAGCAGGAGCUAUCUGGUUUGACUGUCUCUCCACCCUUGUCGCAGACACCAUCAUCAUGCGGGCGAGUUAAUGGUCCUCGAUAUCCCCCUCAAGUUCCAGCCUACGUUCCGGGUUCUCCAACAGCUUUAGGUGGACGCUCUGCACCUCGUGGUCCUUCGCAAAUGUCAAGUUCUUCUAGUUCUCCGAUGUAUCUGACACCUAAACAAGAGCUUCUUCGAAAAACGAGCACUUCCGGCGCUUUGAUUGAUCCGAAUCAAUACAUCGAGGAGCUUAGUGAUAACGAAGAUUUUGAUAGCGUUGGACGACUGGUUCCUAAGAUUCACGGAAAGCGACCAGCAGAUACAUCGGUUGAAAGACCGCUUAAACGCGGCUUGCUUGGAGCUCCACCAUCUCCAAACAGUCCUCCAAUGGUUGCGUCUCGUGACCCUUGGCAGCGUCCAGCAGUGCUUGCGUCGAAGCCUUCGUACUCGAAACCUAAUCCAAGUGUCAGUUUUGUUCACCCCGCAGAGAAAUCAUUUUUUCGCAUGGAGUUCCCCAGUGUUUCGCCCAGGAUUUAUUUUAGUCACAAACUAGGUGAACAGGAAGAUGAAUCUGGUGAAGCAUUUCCACCACAAGCACGCAUCGCUCCAGCUGCACCCUUUCCUCGUGAUGAUGGCAACUACACCAGUUGGCGGCGUUUAGGACGACCUUCAAGGCCUGAUAAUGGGGCAGAAUCGAGUUAUGGUGGGUACUUCCACUAG